AUGAGUAAAUUUGAUUCUCCUUCGGAAAAGGCUGGUCUGCCUCAGUCAGCACCCUUUUCCUCUGAAUCGUGUUUGGGUAAGUACACCCAAAUGAGAGACAGGCUCAAAAAGCUUCUUUCACCCAAAAACUCAGACGACCUGUACGAGCUACUUUUGCUGCUUAAGGACUCGCACCUGUUCGGCUCUGAGACUGUAACUAAAAUUGACGCCCUGUUUUCAGAAAUCGCAACUUGUACACCCGAAGAUGAUCUCACCCACGUUGAACUCGCAGACUGUUUCGUGUCAACGCUACUUUCAUAUAUUGACGAUGAGUAUUUUAUAGAGCUUCUGCAGAAUAUAAUUCUCCAUACCAGUAACAAUUCACUCAUUUUGUCCUGUGAAAACAGACUUUUUGAGCUUGUUUUUGUUCUUGGAAUGGAUGUUACGGUGGAUAAACUCCGAAACCCGUUAGGGUUGGUGUACGUAAUUUUGAAGAGCUCAGUGUCUUUUAACUCUAAAUUUGUAAGUAACAGGGUCUCGCAAGAUGAGUCUCGAGUGAAUUUAGGAUAUUUACUGAGCAGCCAGAUUUAUAACUCAAUGAUGUCGCCCUCAUCUCCCUACACAUAUAAUUUUAAUAGUAAUUUUGAACAAAACGAAGUUUACUCGUACAUUUCAGGAUUGAAACUGGAUAACCGUAAUUUGAAGGAAUUUUUAAAUAAAGAGUACUUUGGCAAAAUCUGCGAGCAAAUUGUAUACUAUUGCGGAGACUUUGUUAAUAGUGUUAAGUUUUUGGAAAAUCUUGUUAAAAUAUGCAAGUUUAUACACUCGAAGGACGUGAGCGGAAGUAAAAGUUACAGAAGUUUAACUGUAUCGAUACUGACGCAACGAUUUACAAACCCACUUUUCCAGGCUGAUUUAAUUUUAACAUUUUUAGAAAACAUGUAUAACGAGUUGGUUUCCCAGGACUUCAAAGACUUUUGGCACUUUUCACUGAAUUUCUCGACGACCUUCGGCUUUAAUCUGAAGAACCCGUUCAACGCGAGUUUUAAUGAUAAAACUUCACCCGAAGGCGAUUCGCAAUCGGAUCACGAGAGCGAUGAAUACAAACAUGAAGAUGAUCUAGGCUACGACUACAGUGAAGAUAACAUUCUCAAAUCUGAUCUAUUUUUCAAUUUAUUUCCAGCAGCACAGGACGAGGACCUCAUUGAGGUUUACUGGAUCCUGGAAACGGACCUCCUGUUUGCACUAUUUCACUCGAUGCGUAGCUCAGAUCAUUCUGACAGGUUCUAUCCCCUAUUCCUGAGCCUGUUAAAAGAGGCAAAAAACCCAUCAAUAUUCUCAAGAGCCCUAAUCUUUAAACUGGCCCUCGUGUGGUCAGACUACAUGAAUUUCGGAAGAAAUAACUAUAACCCAAUUUCACUAAAGAUUGUGACAAUGAACCAGGACUUUUGGUUCGUAUUUCAACAAACCCUUUGCACACUAGUUCCCAAAUCAGUACUUUUGGCUGAAGUCAAACAGUUUAAGGACGAUUUUAAGGACAAAAGAUGUGAGUCACUGUUUGACUUCAUACUCAAUAUCGCAAUACACACAGAUUCAGACUGUUUCUUCAUAGUUUUAUUGGAGUUGUUGAGAGCCUGCGAAUACGACGCCGACUUAAUAAAGUACUCAGUUCAGAUGUUCCAGUCAACUUUACUUGAGUUUUUUAAACAUAACAGGGUCAGGUUCAGUCGAGGGCUUCUGGAAAUCGUCUGCUUUUGCAGACAACACUUUGACUGGGGCUUUAUGACUAUGCUGGUGCACUCAAUUGACACACUAAUCAACGGAGAUUCUGACAAAUUUGCCAAAAUCUCACUCUCAGACGCAAUGAUUGAUUACCUGGCAUGGAAAUUGCAACUAGAAACUGAUCUAAACAGAAACUUACUGGAUUCAGAUUCUAGCAUACUAUCGCAACUGUCAGAUACGGAAGAUCACCGUGAACUCAGUAAUGUUCAUGGUGGGGAACUAAGUAACAGAGACGGCGAGCACAGUAAUGAAGAGGUUAGUGUGGUAAGAUUUCAGUUAUCAACAAAUAUAAUAGCGGAGAUGUUUUAUAUAUUGCACCAUUUGACGGGCCCAAACGAGGUUUUACUCCAGUUGUUUUUCAUGUAUAACCAGCACCUGAAGUCUUUGAGCAGUUACAAUAUAUUGUUGCUACCACUUUACAGAGGAAUGGACGAUCGAAUUAAGCGAGGAUUGCAGUUGGAAGAUCAUGAAGAUCAAACUCUGGAGGAUCACGCCCUUGAUGAUGAAGACAAAGAACCUGAUCUAUCAGUUCCAGGCCUGAAUAAACUUGACUUCAUGGAUAAGACUCAGUUUGCACUUGGACCAAACAAGGAUAUUUACGGAUAUUUACUCCUUAACGAGGACAGUGAGCUGACAACAUCACAUGUGGUUACACUCAUUUUCUCAGGAAAAAUGGCGAAAAACGUUCUAAACGCGGUGAAGUUGCUGAAUUCUGAGGAUGGACCCAGGCCCCAACAUAUUCUAAACUUAAUUUUGAGAAAGUUUGUGAACAAGCUCCAGCAACUGUUUGUAUUAAAUGUGCCUGAGAACUUUUGUCUACACAUGGCAAAACCGUCUGCGGAAGAAGAACUUUUGAUUAAGAACCUGAAGCUGCUGUCGAGUUUCUUGUCAGGCCUGAUCAGCCUGCACAUUAACAGUGACCACAUUGACUCGAUUUACAUGAUUUUCAUGACUCUGCUGGAGUGCCUGAGGGCAGACACGAUUUUCCUAAUUGAGUUCUCAUUUCUGACCUUUAACAACACCAAGAAUCUGUUCAGUUACCCGCACUUUACGAGGGAGUUCCUAUCAGACCCGAAGGUUGCCAAGUUCUACCCAAACCUUCUGAAGACCUACAAGAAUAUUUUAUCAUCAGAUUCAGUAUCAGAAGUUGAAACUAACAUGGAUGAUAACAUAGCCAACGAUGUCGUUGACCAGAUGGGACUAGACGGCGUGGAUGCUGUGGAGGUUAGUGUUGAAGACUCGGAUAAGUGCAUAAGAGAUAAAGGAGGAGUAGUGAUAAUAAAGGAGCCAGAUGUACCAUCAGCACCUGUGUCAGUUGGUGGAACCGUGACAUUAGGAGCGACUCCAUCGCACAUGCCAGUUUCUUCGAUCCCAACACCAACAGGACCAGUACCGUCAGUGGGGUAUGAAGUUUUGACAGGCAUCUGUGCUAACACGGACUAUAACCCACCAAAGAUCCACCCACUAUUCUACCACGAACAGUGUUUGAUGACGAUUUUGAAUGUUGGAAUUGAUGACUUCUUCAAUACUCUGAAGUUGCAGAUUGACGUACCAGAGAACACAACUGACUCGGUUAACGCUUUCACAUUCUCAGGUCCACAGUUUGUAGCAACAGUAGAAUCUCUGAUUAACAUGGGAAACCUUGACUGGCUAUUCUUUUUGGUACUGAGACACGCUGUGAUUAAAGGUGAGAGUAGUUUUCCAGAGAUCACGACCCUGCUGCAGACUCUGGGGCCGAAGAUGUGUGACUACUUUGUACGGUUCCUAUCGUUCUCAGUUAACCUGUUCCUAAAGUAUUUGAGAUCAUGUCGAGCACUGUUGGUGUAUAAGAAGAUCUUACUGGUUUGCGCAUCCCUCUUAGGCCACUUCACAAUAGCCAGAAACAAGCCGCUGCUGACAAAGCACUUGAACUUGAAGCAACUGUUGUCAUUUUCGUACGAAAAGGGGAUGCUCUCAAUUGCAGUACCGUUUGUGUGCAGGUUAAUGACGUAUGUGGUGAAGAGUAAGAUUUUCAAGCUUCCAAACCCAUGGACGUUUUGCGUUCUCUCACUGCUUAACGAGAUUAAGAAUGUCAAGAAUUUGAAGCAGAUUCUGGUGUUGGAAAUAAGUAACUUGAUUAUGCUACUUAUGGCGCCCAAAAAUCAGCAACAAUCAAGUCCAAUCCACACAUCACAGUCGAGUUCUAACCUGUUUUCACUGCCUGGUGGACAAACUAAAUCAGCAAGCAUGUAUAACUUACCAACAGGUGCAAGUCCGUCAGUGGUUCACUCACCUGCAGAUUUGAACAGCGUGAUGAAGGCUAACAUACUCGGAGGAAACGCAAGCACAGGGUCACACAUAAAGGACCUUUUGAAGCACAGAGUGCUGGGUGAGUUUGAUCAGAGUUGCAGAUUCAGUUCCAACAUCUGGUCAAACUCAAAUGAGACAAAACUCAACAUACCCCCAAUACACAAUGAUAUCAAGGUGUUGUUGAAGAGGAAAAUCAUCAUUAACUCGAAACUGAUAACGACUACAAAUCUAUCAAUAAAUAAUACAGCAUCGCUUAAUAGCAACAACGGAGUUGCAGUCAACAACACGAAUGGUGGAUUUAACAGUACGAAUGCGGUUGCAGUUAACGGAAACUCAGUUUUAGGAACAAAGGAGAAUUUACAAAUGAGUCAGAAAGAUUCUGGUGUAAUAAACAUGGUAAUGAGUAUGGAUUUGUAUAAACUAAUAUUAAACGCGAUAGAAAGUUGUUAUCGAGAAAGCAUAUUUAUAAUUGAGAAGAUAGUGCCAAUUUGUGUGUCAACAUGUGGAGUUUUGUCCAAGAUUGAUUUCUCAACGGAUACAUCAAUAGACACAUUGAAAAGGUGUUUGACCUCAAUGACAACUGGACUGAGCACAAGCCUAGUGAACGUACUCUGUAAGGAAGUUUUACUCUCAAUUCUGUCCUAUGAAAUUUAUCAGUCACUUCUGAACCAUUACACCCAGGUUACAAGUGGCAAUGCCGGCAAUGUAAAUAUGGGUGAAAGUUGUCCAAUAUUUGACUGUAUAUGGUUGGAGUAUAUAUCACAGAUACUGGCAAGAGAUAAUUUGGCAUUGGUAUGUGCAUUGGUGGAGCAGCUAACUUUGGAGUUGAUGGGAAGAUCAUUGGAAGAGAUGAUUUCAAGUUGGGCAAAUAGCUCAACAACGAGUUCAAGUAGUAUUUCAAGCAUUCUGUACAACCAGUUUCUGAGCACAUUGCAUACAAGCAACACAAGUUCAGGAGGGUAUUACUUAAACUCAGCAAAUUUGAGGAACCUGGAUGAUUUAUCACUUUUGUACAAGAAAUACUUGACAUUGGUGCCAUCGACUAUAGCAAGAGUUGAAAGAACGGAAAAGAGACCAGGUUUAAGAUUCCCAGAUUUCUUCAUAGUACCGCCAAUUGAAAGCAUACCAACAAAUUUGGUAAUAUGCAAGUUUGAAGAAUUUGAACAACGGCUUAAGGAGUCAGCGAAGUAUUUGCUUAUGUACCCACCAAUUGUGCCAAUGGCGAAUUGUAAAUUUUUAUACAAAUGCGAGUCAUCAUCAUUACUGUUGCUGAGUUUCCUGCCUAAAAAUCAUCAAAUAUUCACACUACUGUGGAGUAUCCACUACAUAGUCGUGAAGGCGACUAAUGUUACAGAAUGUUACGAGAUGAUUUUGAACAGGGUAGUGAAGAAUUUGGUGGACUCGAAAGCUGUUUCAAUUCCUUCGUUGGUUAACGAAGUUGAGUUGACGUUGCUUGAAAUGCUCUGCUUGGAUAACGCAAACUUGCUCAACAUCACAACUGCACUGCUGCCGAACCUCACCUUUAACAAGUUGGUACUGUUCCUGAGGUUCAAACUGAUUAAAAUACCAGCGCUGGACAUUUACCUAUGUAACUCAGGAGACCUCGAAUUUGUAACUAAAAUGGUAUACCGACUGAUUGUGGACUCGAAUUAUAUCACUCUCAAGGAAUUACCAUUAUCGCUCAAGUUCCUAAGCAAAUUCGAUAAGAACACACUCAUACACUCGGUUGGGGAACCAACUAAACUUAACAUCAUCCUGUCCAAACUGUUCAACCAGCCAAUACCAAACACUGGCAGUAUCAGUAAUAUGAGUAAUACCAGCACAAUGGGUACCAAUAAUACAGGGCCACAGACGGACAGGUUGAUAAGUUUGAGAUUACUAUUCAUGAACAGAGUGUACAUAAGGAAUAGAUGUGUAGUACAAACGGAAGUGAGUAAGAAGCAUAUUAAUAUGUUUAUGGAGUUCUUGAACUGUGAGUCGGAUUCUGAUGUGGACUUGUUCUUCAUAAACUUCAACGAGAACCCAAUAGACCACUUUAUAACAUCAGCACUUCUUUUGACACUAUACAUUUCAUACCAAUCACAGCACUAUGACUCUGUGGAAAGAGUUGAAAGAGUGGAAAAAAUGGAUCAUAAAAGACUGAUGAAGUUCGAUGGAAUUCCAAGAGUAACAUACGGUAGUCCCAAUUUGGAGUAUGUGCCAGUGUUUUGUAAGUUAGUGAAUGGCUUUAUUCAGAGUGACGUCUUCAUACUUCAGAAGGUGUUGCACAUACUGUUGUCUGUGCUGUAUAAGAAUUACUGCUUCCCAGUGUUCUUCAAGGUUAUUCAGAAUUUUAUUUUUAAUACAAAUUACACCUUUUCAGCCCAUGUGUCAAUUUCGCACUUUCUCCUCUACUGUAACCCGACUGAGAUGGCGAGUUUUGCACCCUUCUGGGUCCAACUUGCAACAAGCAAGCAAUUGAUACAGUCAUUAAUUCAGUCACCAGUUGAGUGGUACACAUUAUCACAACUUAUUAAGUACACACUGAUUUAUUACACGUCUGCAACCUCACAGAGAACAGCUCAGAAAGACGGGAAGGAAACUGGAAUUGACACUCUCUUGGACAACAUACUUAACAUUCUGCUGUAUUUGUUACAGAUAUGCCCAGAGUUCAUUUGUGGCUACUACCUGUCGUUCUGUGAAGUAACAACGUCAGUGAGGUUUAGGAACAUUUUCACUUUCAGCACUCCUAAGAAUGUCAAGUGUUCAAACCCUGCAACUGCCACUGAGAUUUCAGAAACAUCACCGCUCUCAUUCGUCAACCACAUCCAGUACAUAAUUCAGAAACCUACGCUAAAGGGGUUAACAGAUACAUUUAUAGCUGAACCUUCCGAUAGACUAGUGCCCAUGAUAUUGAAGGAGUUGCAGGCCGAAGGGAUACUCAUAUACUACACGCUGUAUUUGGGAUACACAUUACCACUUCUGAUUAGUAAAAUUGGCCUUACCAAUGCUAAUACAACGCCUGGAUCAGAUGGGAACCCUAACAGUGUUAUAUCAAUGCGGGUGAUCAAUUGUUAUUUAUUGUUGGAGAAAUUGAUAGUCCAAUCAAAGUCCAAGUUACUGGUGGGUUCAAUGCUUCUCCAUGCCAGGUACCCAAACCUCGUCACCAUCAGGUUCAUUUCAAUCUUCAAGAACCUGUUCGAGAGGGCAGAAAACGUUCAAGAACUAAUUAUCACCUGUAUUCUAGAACGUUUACUGGUGAAACCGCAUCCUUGGGGCGUUGUCCAUCUCCUCUUCCAACUCCUCAAGUUCAAAAACUUCUGGAACUACAUUCAACAGAAUAAACACUUUGAAGAACAACUCAAAAAGAUUAAAACACUCUAUAUGUCCUGAUAUUAAACUUUACUGAUAAGGGAUUAGUUGUUGAUGUAAUUAUCGUUUACUGGUCAAUUGUUUGAUCUGAUUAUGGUUUUCUUUUCAAUGGUUACGUUUUACUUUUCAAUGAUAUUAGGGAUUCCUUUUAAGGGUUCGAUGGAUUUUAACUUUAACUGGUAGUGGCUCAAGGAAUUAGGGAAUAAACUAUUAUAAUAACUAAAGGUGAAAGUGAAAUAAGGGAGGUUUUCAAGAUGGUUAGGAUAUGUAUAUUUUAAAGAAUCGCAUAUAGUAAUUUAUUAAAUCAUGUUUUAAACAAGUGAAGUCAAGUCCUUGGGGAAUAUUUUUGGUAUUUUAAAUUUGUGUAAAAUAUUAAACGGGUUAAAUCAGCCUUGGGGGUGUAUACUUGCAAUAAAUCUUUUUCAAAAUA